UCAGGCUUGACAUUCAAAAGUGGGUUGAGGGUGCGGAACCCGCGGCGCUCCGAGCGUGCUUUUAAGCGGCCGCCAGCCAGCGCCGCUGUGACCCCGCGCACCGGCUGCUGGCCGGUUCCCGAACUGCAUCUGCGCCGACGCGACCGAGCCAUCCCCGGGCCUCCCCGCGCCGGGAAUCUCCCGCCAUCCGCGUGGGUCUCCACGGCAAGGAGCACGUGGAGCGACCGCGGAGCCUGAGCGACAGCUGCAGCCCGAGCGGCCCGCGGCGACAUGGAAGAUAUACAAGCAAAUGUGGAGCUGAAAGGUGCCGAGGAGCAGCCUCUGCCCACAGAAAGCCCCGAAACCUUGAGUGACUACGGUUUAAGCAAACCUCAUGAAGUAGAAAGCAUGCACAGUACCGAAGCGCCAACCCAUGAAGACGAAGAUGCAGGAGAAGACGCCAUGAAAGUGAAAGAUGAAGACAGCGAAAGAGACGAGAGCGUGUUGAAGCCGGAGCCCCUGGGGAAUGCGGAAGAGAGCGAAAUUCCUUACAGCUACGCGAGAGACUAUAACGAAUAUGAAAACAUUAAGCUGGAGAGACACGCUCCUCCGUACGACGGCGGCAGGCCGACCGGUGGGAAGAUGAACUGCGAUGUGUGCGGGUUAUCCUGCAUCAGCUUCAAUGUCUUGAUGGUGCAUAAGCGAAGCCAUACUGGUGAACGCCCGUUCCAGUGUAAUCAGUGCGGGGCAUCUUUUACUCAGAAAGGUAACCUCCUCCGCCACAUUAAGCUGCACACAGGGGAAAAACCUUUUAAGUGUCACCUCUGCAACUACGCAUGCCAAAGGAGAGAUGCGCUCACGGGACACCUUAGGACACACUCUGUGGAGAAACCCUACAAGUGUGAAUUCUGCGGAAGGAGCUACAAGCAGAGAAGCUCCCUGGAGGAGCACAAGGAGCGAUGCCGUACGUUUCUUCAGAACUCCGACCUGGGGGACGCCACAAGUGUGGAGGCAAGACACAUCAAAGCCGAGAUGGGAAGUGAAAGAGCGCUCGUUCUGGACAGAUUAGCAAGCAAUGUGGCAAAACGGAAAAGCUCAAUGCCUCAGAAAUUCAUUGGGGAGAAGCGGCACUGCUUUGACGUCAACUACAACCCCAGCUACGCCUAUGAGAAGGAGACUGAGAUGAUGCAGACCCGAAUGAUGGACCAAGCCAUCAACAGCGCCAUCAGCUACCUUGGGGCUGAAGCCCUGCGCCCCUUAGUCCAGACGCCGCCCGCUCCCACCUCUGAGAUGGUCCCAGUUAUCAGCAGCAUGUACCCUUUAGCUCUCACCCGGGCUGAAAUGCCCAAUGGGGCCCCCCAGGAGCUGGAAAAGAAAAGGAUGCUCCUACCAGAGAAAAACUUGCCUUCUGAACGAGGUCUGUCCCCCAACAAUAGUGCCCACGACUCUACAGACACUGACAGCAACCAUGAGGAUCGCCAGAAUCACGGCUACCAGCAAAGCCACAUGGUCCUUCCCCAGGCCCGCAACGGGAUGCCACUUCUGAAGGAGGUCCCUCGCUCCUUUGAACUCCUGAAGCCCCCUCCCAUCUGCCUGAGAGACUCCAUCAAAGUGAUCAGCAAAGGAGGGGAGGUGAUGGAUGUGUUCCGGUGUGACCACUGCCAUGUCCUCUUCCUAGAUUACGUAAUGUUCACCAUCCACAUGGGCUGUCAUGGCUUCCGUGACCCUUUCGAGUGUAACAUGUGUGGCUACCGAAGCCACGAUCGCUACGAAUUCUCCUCUCACAUUGCCAGAGGUGAACACAGAGCCAUGUUGAAGUGAGUGAGCAUCAGUCUCCGAGCUCACAAUCUAAGGCCCAACGUUGUUGUUGUUGUUGUUGUUAAAAAAAAAAACUAAUGAUAGCCUUACCCAGGAAGCUGAACUCAAACCCACAGUCCUGCCCAGUUAUGUUAGCGUUCAAUCAUAUUCACACCAACAAUUAGGGAAACACUGUCUUCAUCCAGAAACAGUUUGCAGAGCCAUCACGUUACUCUGUGAAACCUUCCUUUCCCAUCAGUUGAAUUUGAUGGGAUGUAAAAGCCAAAGAAGUAUCUGGUUCAUUAUCUUUUGUAGCCAUAGACAGCCAUCCGCUGGCGCUCCUUGCCAAUUGGAACAAUCUUCAGUGGGCUGCAGGAGACAUUCGCUGGGAUAUAGCAGCCAUAUGCGGAAAAGCCUUUUGAUCCCAUGCCCAGAUCCACACAGUGGAAGAGCUGACCAGCUGCCCUUGCCCUUGGGCACUAGCACAGGGCAGAAGGGUUAGGACCUAACCUCCCCUCCUCCCAGUCUAACGGUAAGAUAGGGACCGCCAUAGAGUAAGGACCUGCUGCCAGGAAUGGAAGAACCUACCCUCAGAGCUUUGAUUCGCUUCCUGUCACACAAACAAACAAAACAGAAGCCAUCUGAGGACCCUUCUGCUUCACCUGCCAGCUCUCUGGAAGAAAAUUUUACCCAGAAGAACCAACCAACGCUUUUAAACACGGACACCCAGGGAUUCGCCACUGAGGGACAGUGGUAUUUGUUUUUGUUUUUGAUUUGUUUUUUUUUUAUUGAGAUUGGCCAAGCAGGCUGGAGACAUAGCUCAGUGGUACAGUGUUUGCCAAGUUCAACCCUCCCAGCACCAGGGGACAAAGAGGAAAGAAAAGGGGGAAAAAGAAAGAUUGGCAGAGCAGAGUGUGUAAGGGCACGUGGGUUGUCACUGUCGUGGAGUACUGGGUGCAAACCCAAAGAACACCUGAAAGUGAUUUUGCACACACACGUACACAGGGGA